AUGAACGCCGCCACUCACCCUUCCACGGUGACCGCCCUGCCCUUGCCGCCCGCCAGCGGCGCAACCUCGGGCGGCGUAUCACCCCUGCUGAUGCUGUUGCCGUCGACCCUGUGGUUCCUGCUGCUGUUGUUGAUGCCGCUGGUGAUCAUUCUGGUCUUCAGCUUCGGCGACCGCAGUGCCGUAGGCGGCUACGCGGGUGGCUUCACCCUGGCCAACUACCUGAACCUCGGUUCACGGGCCGCGGCCUUCGGCAACACGCUGAUGCUGGCGCCACUGGGUACGCUGGUGUGCCUGGUGGCGGCCUAUCCGCUGGCGUACUUCCUGGCGGUCAAGGUCAGCAAGAACCGCUCGUUGCUGCUGACCCUGGUGAUCGUGCCGUUCUGGACCAGCUUCCUGAUCCGCACCUACGCCUGGAUCUUCCUCCUCAGCGGCAAGGGCAUCCCGGCCCUGCUGGCGAGCCUGGGCCUGGAAGAUGUGCGGCUGAUCAACACGCCCUGGGCGGUGCUGAUCGGGAUCGUCUACGGCUACCUGCCGCUGAUGGUGUUCCCGAUCUACGUCAGCCUGGAAAAACUCGACAAACGCCUGCUGGAAGCCUCGGCAGACCUGGGCGCCAGCGCCUUUGAAAGCUUUCGCCGGAUCACCCUGCCGCUGUCCGCGCCGGGAAUCAUCACCGGGGUAAUGCUGGUGUUCAUCCUGUUGAUGGGCGAGUUCCUGAUCCCGGCCAUCCUCGGCGGCGGCAAGGUGUUUUUGUCGGCAAUGCCCUGGUGGACCUGUUCCUGCAAUCGCGUAACUGGCCGUUCGGCAGUGCGCUCGCGA